AUGUCGGUCUGGCGCUGGAGCAUGGCCGCCUACAUAGUCUGUAUACUUCUGUUGCUGCUGCAUCACAUUAGUGCGCAGGUGGAGGUGGAGGUGGAGCAGCCCACCAGCGAUUCCACCAUCAUCAGAGAUGCAAGGCCGCCCAAGAUCGAGCCCCGUGCACGUGCCUCACUCGUGUCCCAAAGCGACGCCUACAUUGCGCGCAAUCAGCGCCAAUGCUUUGAGACACGCAACUUGGUCUCCUGCAUUAAGUACAAAGCCUCGAAACUAAUCUGGAAGCUGGCCACCAAUGGCCUGGGCUUCUUUCCCAACGAGUACGAGCGGAAAUUUGGUGACCAGGGCGGAGUGCUGCGAUGGCUGCGAGUUGUGCAGCUGGGAGAGCCCGCCGAGGGGGAUAGCCUCAACGUGUUCAGCGAUGCCAAGAGCCUCGAAGGCGACAGCGAGCUGACGCGCAUCUUUAAGUUCCUGAAGCGGGCCGUGGAAACCUUUGGAAGGAACCAUGCUCUGCAAGUGGCGUUGCCCAGCGACACAGGCGCUCGCAUUCUGGACGAUGUGGAUGGGCGCGGGCAUAAGAAGAAGAAGAAGUUGCUCAUCUUAUUGCCGCUCAUCAUACUCAUUAAAAUAGCGCAUUUGAAGAUGACACUCGUGACAUUACUGCUGGGAGUUCUGGGCAUGAAUGUGCUGCUGGUGGGCGGCAUGGGCUGGCUGAUACACUAUCUAAAGUUCAAGACCCUCUGCAAGAUCCAUCCGCAUCUGGUGCAGUCGCAUUCGCAUGUCUAUGACUCGGAUCCGUCGGACUAUUCGCAAUUUGUGGGCAGCAGCGUCUCCAACUCCUACUACGGGCAUGGCGGCUCCAGUCCGCACGAGAUUAAUGUCAACGGCUUCAGCAAGGACUGGGGCACGAGUAAGGCCUACAGUGGCUACAACUAUCUGGACACGAUUAGCAAGCGGCUGCAAUAG